CUCCCUCCUUCUCAACGACUUCUACUGACCCAAACGGUGCGCUUCACAAGAUACAACGACGUCGCCAGCCAUUAGCCGAUAUUAAAAUUUACAAACCUAACAAAAAGCAGUUGCCUUUUUCUGCUUUGGCAACUAUUGUAUGUGUUCCGCUGUUCCAGAGAAAAACAAGAGCUCCUAGACAUGGCCUCAUUUCCCCGUGUUUCUCUUUCCAAGACACAAGGCUCCCCUUCUUUUUCCAACUCAUUGUUAUUAUCGCCUGCAGGUUCUUUUCCUAUCCGAGCUCCUAUUACUCCUGACGAUGAUUCUUCUGAUUUUGAAUCUAUCAGUCAUACUGACCACGGUUACAGUGAUACUAGUAUCAGUAUUGAUAAUGGGUCUGAGUCUGACGAGUACGUUAGUGGUGAGGAGUAUGAAAGUUUUUCCGAGAAGCUUUUUGCAGGCGACCCAGACGAAGAAAGCCCUGAUGAGGAAAGUGGCCGUUUGGAUAAAAAUAAACUAUCUAGGCCUUUUGUGCCGAACCCAGAUAAAGUAACUUUGGGAAAUUCGGUUACAGACGAGGAGAGUGCGGUUACUGGUCAGUAUAGCCCUUUUGUUGAAACCAAUAGUCCUUAUUUGCAGCGAAAUAUGCCUGUUGCCCAAUUAACAAUGGAUGAUAACGAUUUUGAGGAGUUAACAAGUGAUGACGGAAUUGUGAGCGGUGCUACGGAAGAUAGCAGGUUUUCAGCUAUGAUUAGUGCACCUAGAGUCAAAGUUUCGGAUUUUGAAGAAGAUAAAGAAGAUGAGCCAUGGGUGCAAAGAGAUUCAUCUGUUAUAAACAAGAUUGAGUUGUUACAAGGGGCAGAUAGUUUGGGUAAUUUUGUCGGAGCAGAACAUGGUGUUUUGAGUAGUGAAGAUAAUGUAUUGGGCUCUGUUUCAGUUAAAUUGAUCAAGCAUGAUUCCCAUGUGUUUACAAUGGACGCUCAAGUUGAGCCUUUGAUGGAAAAUAAAGGGAAUUCGCAAAUGAAGGAAGAUGCUAAGCAUGUAGUUGAUGACCCUGCUUCGGUUGAAUCCGUUGAGGAUGAUGGACAAGUUGUACCAGAUAGUGAGUUUUUGGUGGAUAGUAAAGAAGACGUAUUGGGGAAAUAUUCUCAACUGGGUGAUGAUGGUAAGCAACUUGUCGAAGAAAGGCUGCAACUUGAGAAUUUGGAGGAGGAGCAGAUUAAACCGAACUUUACAGAGGGGCACAACGGAAAGAGUAUGGAGAAUGAUUUUAUGGAUAACGUAUCUGACCAAUGCAUUGGCAGCCAUGUAAAGGAACAGAUUUCUGAAAAUGGUUGUGGUGGUGCCUAUGAAAGUCAGUUGAAUCAGGUUGAGAACAUUGCGCCAGAUAUAACAGAACUGAAGGUUGAUGGUGUUGUCCUGCAAAAGGAACAGACGAGUGAAAUAGUUAACAGUUCUAAUGAAACUUUUGUAACUGUAAUUAACCCUGUUGAUGAGUCGCUUCAGAAGAUUGUGGCAGAGCUUCAAGAAAUGGAAUUGGAAGUCUUGGGGGUGGAGGCAGAAAAAACUACAGAUUUUGUGAACGGUUAUCAUAGUUGUGUCUUUAAUGGAAGUGAUGCCCUUGAGGAAGGCAAUGGCAGUGAGAAACUAAAGGGUAAAUCUGGGCCAGAAACUGGUAUGACGUUUGAAUCUCUUGCACUUGAAGAUGACAUCAGAGUUGAAUCUGCAGACGGUGCAUUUGAGUCGAACGGAACUGUGGAUUUGUUGGAAGAUAUUGCUUUGCCUGAAAUGUCUGGAGUUGAUAGAUUAGAAGCAGCGUCUCAGGGAAAUACAAAUUCUUUUGGUAUUGGAGAAGAAGCAAACCAUGAUUCAGAAAAGAUAGGAGGGCAUGGAGGUUUGCUUUCUGAUGAAGAUGUUGAAGAAUUGAUAUUUGGAGGCUCUGGAAGUAUUGAGCAUAACAUGAGUGAAUUGGAGAAAAGUGCAGCCUUUUCUCCUUUUCCUGCAGCUGAUGAUCGUCAAUACAGAAUAGAUGGACAGAUUAUUCUCGACUCAGAGGAAGAAUUGGAGACAGAUAAAGAGCAUGAAGAAGAGAAAUUAUUCGACUCUGCUGCAUUGGCUGCUCUUUUGAAAGCAGCAACUGGAGUUGAGUUGGAUGGAGGCAGUGUCAUGGCUACCUCUGCGAGUUCUGAAGUAUUUUCUGCUCAGCAGUGUGCUGGUUCAGGUUCCUCAUUUGACAUUAAACAAGCUUCACAAUUGAGUAUGGUCAAGGAUGUUGUGAAUGAUAGUGCAGGUGAGGAAGAAAAGAUGAUUAUUGAAAAGAUACAGCACAUUAGGGUGAAGUUCUUGAGGCUUGUCCAGCGACUUGGACAUUCUCCUGAAGAUUCAAUUGUUGCACAAGUGUUACAAAGGUCGGUCCUAGCUGCAGGAUUACAUGCUAGCCAUGAAUUUACCCUCGAAUCUUCUAAGAGAAUGGCCAUGCAGCUUGAAGCAGAGGGCAAAGAUGAUUUAGACUUCGGUUUAAACAUUUUUGUUAUUGGGAAAACUGGAGUGGGGAAAAGUGCUACCAUUAAUUCUUUAUUUGGAGAGAAGAAAGUCAUGAUCAAUGCAUUUGAACCUGCCACAACUAGAGUUAAGGAGAUUGUUGGAACAAUAGAUGGAGUUAGGAUCAGAAUCCUUGACACACCAGGUCUCAGAUCCCCUGUGAAGGAAGAAGCUAUCAACAGGAAAAUAUUUGCAUCUAUAAAAAGGUUAAUAAAGAAGUUCCCACCAGAUGUUGUCCUCUAUGUUGAUCGUCUAGACACCCAUGCAAGAGACCUCAAUGAUUUGCCAUUGUUAGCCUCACUUACUAAUUCUCUCACUGCAUCAAUAUGGCAAAAUGCCAUUGUCACUCUGACCCAUGCAGCAGCUCCUCCUCCUGAUGGGCUAUCUGGAUCACCUCUAAGUUUUGAGGUUUUUGUUGCUCAACGAUCCCAUAUUGUUCAGCAGGCUAUUAGCCAAGCAGUUGGUGAUCUGCGUCUAAUGUAUCCAAGUAUGAUGCAUCCAGUAUCUCUUGUUGAGAAUCAUCCAUCAUGUCCAAAGAAUGAAAAAGGAGAAAGCAUCCUCCCAAAUGGACAAAGUUGGAGAACCCAUUUAUUACUCUUGUGCUACUCAUUGAAGAUUUUGUCAGAAGUGAGUUCUCUAACCAAGACUCCAGAUCUUUUUGAUUCCAAGAAGCUGUUUGGCAUACGGCUACGUCCCCUACCUCUGCCCCACUUGGUGUCUUCUCUAUUGCAGUCUCGCCCUCAUCCAAAACUCGCUGCUGAGCAGGGUGGUGAUGAUGUUGACUCAGAUAUGGAAUUGUUAGAUUUAUCAGAUUCUGAUGAAGAAGAUGAGUAUGAGCAGCUUCCACCAUUCAAGCCUUUGAAAAAAUCUCAGGUAAAUGAGCUUAGCAAAGAGCAGAGGAAAGCAUAUUUUAGCGAAUAUGCAUAUCGGGUGAAACUCCUUCAGAAGAAGCAGUGGAGAGAGGAGGUGAAAAAGUUGAAGGAGCUCAAGAAGAAAAGCAAAGAUAGCAAGAGCAAACAUGACAGCACAGGAGAAGAUGUGGACCAGGAAGAUGGAGGCCCACCAACUGUGCCCUUUCCCAUUCCGGACUUUGUCCUUCCGCCUUCCUUUGAUUGUGACAAUCCUUCUUAUAGGUACCGAAUGUUGGAGCCUGCAUCACAACUUCUUGUGAGGCCAGUUCUGGACUCACAGGGUUGGGACCAUGACUGUGGAUACGAUGGUGUUAGUCUUGAAAGAAAUCUUGCUAUUGCUGAUCAAUUCCCAGGUGCAAUUGCUGUUCAAAUCACGAAGGAUAAGAAAGUGUUCAAUCUCCAUUUAGAUUCCUCAAUUUGUGCAAAGCAUGGAGAAAAUGGAUCAAUAAUGGCAGGAUUUGACAUCCAGACCAUUGGAAGGCAGCUUGGAUAUAUCCUCAGAAGUGAAACCAAAUUCAGGAAUUAUAAGAUAAACAAGACAUCUGCUGGGAUAUCCAUUACUAUGUUGAACAAAAAUGUGGCCACAGGACUCAAAAUUGAGGACCAGAUCGCUAUUGGAAAUCGCUUGUCUUUGGUGGGAAAUGCUGGUGCUGUUAGAUCUGGAGGUGAUACAGCAUAUGGAGGCAACUUUGAAGUUCGCCUCAAGAGCAAGGAUUUUCCUGUAGAGCAGGAUCAAUCCACAUUAGGCUUGUCUCUGGUGAAUUGGAGAGGUGAAUUGGGUGUAAUGGCCAACUUACAAUCUCAGUUCAGCGUUGGUCAUAAUUCGAAAAUAGCUAUCCAUAUUGGAAUGAACAACAGGCAAAGUGGACAGAUCACCAUCAAGACCAGUAGCUCAGAACUGCAACUUGCUCUCAUCAGUAUUAUUCCAAUGGCAAUAUCCAUCUUGAAGAGUCUCUACCCUGGCGGUGCUGCAAGAAAAUCAAAUAUGCUAGACUAGCUUUAUGGUAUCAUUUCACCAGCCUUGAUGAUUAUAACAACUGUGUUCAGUCUGCUAGAAAUUUAAGUUAUUUUUGCAGGCUAAAUGAGUUGUUGAAUAAUGAGAAGAAGCCUGCAUAUAGAUGUAUGACGUUUUUAGUUUAUUUAUAAUUCUGGUUAUCAGUCUUAUUGAGCUUA